AUGAACCUACAAUUUAUUGUAGUUUCAGCUCCAGCCCUGAACUCAACAAAAUACAUCGAUAUAUUAUGCCAAAUGGAAUAUAUCAAAGACAAAGCCUUUUGUUUGCAAAAGUUGAUGGCUUUUCCGCUUACGGUUUCCGCCACUGACUUGAUCCCACUUGCAAGAGUCGUGAUCUGCGGUAUUGGCGUACCAUAUGCCAAGUUGUUGAUGGAAUCUGCUGAUAGAGCAGCAUAAAAGGUACCGGCUCUAAAGGAACAGUUCAAGGAGUGCCAAGAUGCAUACUUUUCAAUUGUAAUGUCUCUCAAAGGAACUGCUUCAUUAGAACUCGAAGAAUCUCCAACGGCUGCCAACUAUGAAGCUAUGAUUUGUUUCGACCAAACAACCAGAGUAAAUAAUUUGAUCGGGAAAAACGAAGACCCGACUUCAAAUCUCAUGGAGAUGACAUUGCAUAUGGAGAAGCUCCUUUAUCUCGCUGUUGAAGCCACCGAAGUUGUUGGAUGA